AGUGAUGUAUAAGGAAUGGCGGCCGCCGGCCGUCCAGGGCACCGGCCGUUCUGUGAUCCUCCAGAACCCACAGAUUACCAGUCCGCCCCUGAUGGUGUACCUAAUAAAGUGGCCGUCAUCACUGCAAAGGUUCUCAAUAAGGAAGUUGAAAACAACCUGAUAGGUGAUGAAUUCAACCAACCUGUCAAGUAUGAAAUCAAAGUGACCAAGACCUUUAAAGGUCCUGGAACCCACAUCCAUGCCAUCUCCACUGUAUCCAGCGCUGUAUUUUGUGGUGUCAAUCUGAUCAAGGACAAGGAGUAUCUAAUCAUGACCGGACCGCCUCUGGAUGGCACGCUGCACAUCAACUCGUGCCAAUUCUCCCAGUUGUGGGAGACCUUGAGCAACACUCAAAAGAACCUCCUGCAGCAUUACGGAAGAGGCUGUGAUUGCAAGAUCACACCCUGCUACUCCCUCCCGUGUGGCUUUAGCUACUCACAAUGCUGGUGGACAGACUUUAUAACUCCGAUGUCCAAUGACAACCAGACCCGAAAUUACGCUUGCGUCAAGGGAAUUGACGGUUCUUGUGCGUGGCAACCGGGGUACCCGUCAUUUGUCACGAAAUUCAAGUACUGACUCAAAAUAAUACAAGAUUUGGAGGAGGGGGCAGCAAUGUGUCUUUAUCUUCUAUGGUGACAGUUUAGCCAGCUCAUAAAUGCACAUGCGUCCGUGUAAAUGUUGGGCCAAACGGCACUAGCCUGUUACCUAGAGCUCAUUGACUCUGAAGUUAAACAUUAAAGACA